AUGUUUUCCAAAUCCCGCCUGACAUGUGCGCUGUUUCUCUGUUUCGUCACUCGCACAAUUGCACAGUUCGACAUGUCAUCGAACCAGAAUUUGGCUGUGUACUGGGGUCAGAACUCGUAUGGAGCUGUGAAUCCAGACGAUCCAGCAAAUUGGCAGCAGCCCAUCUCUUACUAUUGCAAUGACACCGUGAUCAACACUCUCCCGAUAGCCUUUCUGGACGAGUUCUACUCGACAGGAAAUCUCCCGUCCAUCAACCUUGCAAAUGCAAGGACGAACCUCCUCAACUGCUCAUUCCUCGCAUCAGAUAUCGAGUAUUGUCAAGCUGCAGGAAAAAUCGUCACGAUGUCGUUGGGUGGAGCAACAGGUUCUGCCGGCUUUACAAAUGACACCGAAGCAGCGGCAUAUGCCCAGAUAAUCUGGGAUCUUUUCCUGGGAGGCUCAAGUACCACGCGUCCUUUCGGGUCCGCUGUUCUGGACGGCAUUGAUAUGGACAUCGAAGGUGGCACUCAGACUGGAUUUGUAUCUUUCUUAACCGCCCUUCGCACCUUAAUGGAUGGUGGCAGUAAGCCGUACUACAUCACUGCGGCGCCUCAAUGUCCUUACCCUGAUGCCUACAUUGGUACUACUCUGGACGAGUUUGGAUUUGACGCUGUAUAUGUCCAAUUUUAUAACAACUAUUGUGAAUUGACGAAUUACAACGACACGAAUGAUUGGGACUUUAGCACAUGGGCCAACUGGGCAGAGACAGCAUCCCCCAAUCCAGAUGUCAAAGUCUACAUUGGUGCCCCAGCAUCAUCGAGUGCAGCUGGAUCCGGAUAUGUCAGUCCAUCGACGUUUACCACAAUCAUCCAGCAAACAAUGGCCGAAUAUUCAUCUUUCGGGGGCGUCAUGCUGUGGGACGCGUCUCAGGCGUACGGUAAAGUGGUCAUAUACUACCUCUAUCCACUUAUGACUGAAUUUGCCUCUUCAGCAAAUGACAGAUACGACAUCUCUGUCAAGGAUGCACUGUUAGAUGGCACAUCUGCCCCUCCGCCGACGACUACGAUUACGACUACGACCACGUCGACUACUACGACCACGACUGCGCCGACUACUACGACCACGACUGUGUCGAUCACUACCACAACGAGCACCAGCACAACAUCAAGUGCUUCUCCCACAACAACAUCUGGGACUGGUUCCUGCUCCGGUGUGGCAGCAUAUGUUGGAGGCGACGAAGUCACAUAUGGCGGGGAUCUCUGGACUGCGAAUUGGUGGUCGGAGAAUGAUGUCCCGGGCGGUGUUUCGGGUGACUGGGCGAACGAUGGCGUAUGUGUAUAA